UGACUUUUAAAGAAUUUUCAUGCCGUCUCCUCCUGGUCAUGAGUCAAAUAAUGGAGAAAACUUUGGCGUCCUUGCCCAAGUUGCUUACACAAACUUUAACUGGUGGAAAAGUUCAAAAGCAUUCGGUUCGGCAGCUUCCUAAUCAAGAAGUUCAAAUUUUUAUGAACUUUGUCCAUAGAGCUCGGUCAAAAACACAUGAAGCAGCUAUAGUCCAUUCAGAGUUGUCCUCCCUACAGCAAAAACUCAAGCAAACUGAAUUGUCCACUUCACCAGUUCUAGUCAGAAAUUCUUUUACAAAGGCCAUUUUUUGCCAUCUACUUGGAUACGAUGUUACUUUCGUUGCAAUCUAUGCUGUCAACCUUGCCCAACAAGGUAAAGGUUAUGACAAGCGGUUAGGUUAUCUUCUAUGCUGCCUCCUGUUGCAUCCUCACCAUGAAAUGGUGAUGCUUAUGAUGGCAACUCUCCUAAGAGACUUGAAGAGCUCUAACAUGGCUGACAACUGUUUAGCUCUCCUUGUAGCUGGUCAGCUUGUUGGUGAAGAAAACAUUCCCAGCAUUUUACCUGAAGUUCUUAAAAAGCUCAAACACCCUCAUGAUCUAGUAAGGGAGAAAGCUCUGCAUUGCAUAAGAACGUUUUAUCAAGGUGCACCAGCCCUCCUCCGGGCUUCGUUUACUCAGCUGACCUUAUUUUUGGAAUCCAGAGACCCCGGUGUCCUGUCAGCUGUGGUGAAUAUUUUUUUAAUUCUGAUCAGUGAAAAUCCAUCAAAGUAUGUUUCCCUUAGUGGAAGCUUUCUGCAUAUUCUUCAACAAAUUAAUGAGCGAGGAUUCGGCUCAAGUUAUUAUUACCAUAUGGUGCCGUUACCAUGGCUGCAGAUCAACAUUCUAAAGAUUUUAGGAUAUUUGGGCUCUGCAGAGCCUAAGCUUCAAGAACCAAUUUCUGCCAAACUUCAGUUGCUGAUUGAAAAGACCAAAGUGACAGAGCCUAUUUCUCUAGCCAUUCUUGUUGAAAGUGUGCUCACAGCUACCAAAAUUACUGCCAACGAUCAGCUGCUUAGCCUGUGUUCGAGAUGUGUGGGUAAACUUCUGUCUCCUGAUGCAAGUAAUGGAAUGAGAUAUCAAGGAUUAGGGCUUCUCAUAUCUCUUUCAAAAGUCAAAUCAUCUUUCGCGGCUCAGCAUCAGAUCGCUGUUGUUGAGUGUUUAGCUGAUGAGGAUCCUGCCAUACAACUUAGGACUACGUAUUUGCUUCAUGCAAUGGCUAAUAAAGCCAAUGUAAAAGCAAUUUGUGGAAAAUUGUUUGAGCAGAUCCAGAAGACCAAAGACACAGUUUUUAUUCUUGAUAUUCUUCAGAUGAUCAGUGAUUUAGCUGAGAGAUUAUCCCAAGGAAUUGAUUGGUAUUUUGGUACAUACUUUAGUAUUUUGGAGGUAGAAUUAAGCAGGGAAAAGCAGGACAUGUUUUUUGAGUCUGUUUUAUCAAAACUGGAACAUGUUUUUAAGACGGAUGACAACAUUCCUGAACAAGUUUUAAAUAAUUUUGUAUCUACUUUACUCCAGGCGCUCAGUGAUCCCAAUCCCCUCAGACCUUCUCUCUUGUUGUCCAUACAAUUGGUGGGAGUGCUCGCUCCAAAACUUGGUACUAUUUUACCCAUUGGUCAGUUUUUAUCAACUAUUGAAAAUCUUCUGUUGCGGCAAGAAACUGACAACUUGUUACCUAAGCAAAAUGUUAUACCCAGGCCACUAGUUAGGAAUGUUGAAGGAAGCCAGAGCUCUCACCAGUUUGAGCUGAGUAGAGUGCAGUCAUGUUGUCUAGAGACUACGAUCAAACUUAUUCUUGGUGGUGGCUUGGCAAUGUCGACUGCUAAAGAAUGGUUGCAGAAACAUGAUUAUCAAAAGCUUAUCAAAGACACAAGUGUCCUCAGCUGUUUAGAGGGCCUUCAGGACUUGCUGGAUCACCCUGAGAAUUUGGCUUUGAGGUCACAGAUCAUGUUUGAUCCAGAAAAUGGUGAAAUAGAUACAUCUCUGUCAUUCCUUGACAGUUUAAUAGUGCAGGAUUUACUCAAAGGACAAGAAGCUCUCAAGCCACCAUACCUAAAGUUAAUCAGUGAGACAACCCCUGUGAUCUACACGAACCCCAAAAUCAACACCCAUGACAAUUUGGCCAUGUCAGAGAAUGAUGAAAAAACCAUGUCGGCUUCUGUUUCUUCUAAAGCACCCAAGUCUGUAAUGAAUAAUAAAUGGAAGGAUGAUGAUCAAGAAGAGUUUGUAGUUUUAAACCCUGAAGAAGGUACCCACCAAGACAAGGAGAGAAAGAAAAAAGAGGCCAUUGCUCGGGAACUUUUUGUUGGGCUGAGUGAUCAAGAAGCUGAGGGUGCAAUAAAUAAAAAUUCAAAUCACAUCAAAACAAAACACAGAAGCUUUUGGGAUGAUGAUGGCGAUGAAUCUACUAGUGUUGUAGGGCUACGACUCCAUCCCUUUGGUGUGCCUAAGAAAGCAAAAGCUUCUCAGCUUUCACAAUGGCAGGAUGAAGAUAUAGAAAAUGACAAUGUAACAUUUAAUGCAGAUAACAUCCUCGAGUCCAGCUUUAUUUCUAGUCAGUCUGAGAAAGUAGAAAGUCCAUCCGGUAUCACCAGUCCAGUUUAUGAUCAAUUUAGUCUUUACUCCAUGACUAAUUUGGCAAAUGAUUUUGAAAACAAUCUCUCCGAUUCACCCCAAAUGAAAACUAAAACAAGCAAAAGCCAACAAGAUAUUCAUCAACCUCAAGUUACUAGUAGUAUUUAUUUAGAAUAUUUAGCAGAAUCGUCAACAGCUAGUUCUGAACAUAUGUCAAUGUCCACUAUUGAUACCUUAACCGAUAGUGAACCUGAGGAAAUAGAUAUUCAUUAAUGUUGGGCCUGUUGUAAUAUUAUAUAUUCACUUUCUUCAUUAUGAAUUAUAUAGAUAUAUAUACAUAGUGCUCCUUCUGUAUAAAUAAAUAUAUAUGUAUAUAGUGUGUUCUCUUGGUAUGAAUGAAUAUUACAAGGAGAUCUAGUACCACCAGGGGUAACCUAGUUAACUGUCAUUUGCCUCUAGUGCUAUUACAACUGUCAUUUUUGAAGUUUUACUACUUAACUCCAAACCAACCCACCUGCCUUCAUCAUCUCUCCAAUUCACAGACCCUACCCUCAUCCUCUCAUCCUCUACAUUCCCCACUUUUCAUGGGUCCUCUCCCACCCCCCCACUAGUCCUACC